AUGUUCACCUCCGCCCUCUCAAAGGUUGCCACGGCCGUCCUCGUCGCACCUCUCGGCAGUCUAUUCCUGACCCACGCCGUCACGGCCUCAAAGAACGAAGUACUCUUGUCCCCGGUCUACUUUGAUGCCUGCCGAGUCGUCAACGAUACCUGUAUCCCGCCUGCGCCCGGCACCCCCCUGGUCGUUACCCAAGGCGAACUCAUUGCGUUCCGGUCAUAUACUCUGGAGAAUUCCACCUUCUGGGACAAGGACGCUAAUCUUCGCAGCGAACAGUUGAUCAGCGUUGCCACCCUGUGGAACACCACUGAUAGCUUCAGCCAGAGCGAGUAUUACCCGCCGGACCGAGGAUUCUGUCCUGACCUUCCCUAUAGCGACCCCUCGAGGUACUGCACAAACACAAACAUCGAUCGCGGGACCGUAGCAGCAUAUCGAAAGUCCUUCGCACCGAAGCCGAAAUCCGAAGCAGCCGUUCGCGAUGGGAUUCCUUUCCUCGGGCUUCGCACGUACCCAGGCCGCACCACAGUAUCAAAUGCCGGCACAUUCUACGAGAUCCCCGAUUUCGGACGGCCAUACCCCGAACAUCUGAUGUAUGGGGAGCAGGGUCGUGAAUACCUUUAUGAUGAGCCCGGGGAUGUCCUCCAGAUUCUGACCACCAACUUCACCGUCCAGUGGCUCGUCGCGGCAGAACGAGCCCGGACUGCGGACGGGGCGACGACGGCCGCUUCGAAUGGGACGAUCAUCAUUAUGCCAAACCUCCUAGCAAAAUCAUUCCUCUGGAACAGUUUCAAUACUUAUUCGCUUGUCUCUCCCAGGCAAAGGCGCGCAGCUUGGCCUGACGAGAACACCGCUGCUGCCCGGCCGACCGCGGGCUUACUGAGAGCAAUGGCAGUCAUAUUGCUGGCGACGGUAUUGGGGGGCAUAGUUUAG